GGUCAUUUUGGCCGGUUGGGUGUGUUCCUCCCAGCGGCGGCGGUCCCAGAUCGCGGUGGUUGUGUCCGGGUGAACGAGGCGGAGAAGACGCCGGCAGGGUCGCGUCCACCGCAGAAAGGCGGGUCGGAGGCUCGACCGAGGCGCCGCGGGAGAUGGUCCGCCCCGGGGCCGGGACGCGAACCGCCGUCCUGCGCCGCCCUCAGACCCGGAUGGCGGCGGCCGCGCCAGGGCGCCCGGCGGAGCUCUGAGCCGGGGGCGCUGGACACGCGGCACCGACUGCGCCCGGACCUUCGGACCCUCCUGGGAGCCGGAGCCGCGGCGCCUCCCGAUCCCGGCGCUCUGUUCCAGGCGGUUCGCUGGGGCUGCCGCCCGGAGGCCCGUGUGGCUGCGGGAGCGUCGCCCAGAAAGCCCUGCGCGGAGCAUUGUCUGCGUGAGCCAAUGAGGGUCCCGGGCUGGCGGGGCGCCCCGGUGACGGCUCCUCGUCCGUCCGGAGACUCUGGGCGCCCAGACCCCACGGAGGAGGCGGGGCGGCCGCCGCUGUCCUGGGGGCACCGAGCGCCAUGGCGGCGGCCUCGCUGGGGGGCCUGGCCGAGGGCCGCGUGAGCUUUGAGGACGUGGUCGUGUUCUUCUCCUGGGAGGAGUGGGGGCUCCUGGACGAGACGCAGCGAUGCCUCUACCACGAUGUGAUGCUGGAGAACUUCGCCCUGGUGACCUCGCUGGGUUGCUGGUACGGAGCGGAGGCGGCAGAGGCGGAGGAGGAGGAGGAGGCAGAGGAGGCGGAGGCGGUGCUGUCUGCGCAGGGUGUGUCUGUGGCACGGACAUCCCUGGGCCCGACGCCAAGUCCAUAUCCAGCCACUCAGGAUGCUCAGCCCUGUGAGAAGUGUGUCCUGGUCGGGGGAGGCGUGCUGUGCCUGACCGAGCUCCCAGGGGCCUGCGAGGCCUGCGGAAGGCAGCCCUGGCUCGCGGCGGGCCUGCGCGGGCAGCCCCAGGACGAGAAGCCGCCCUGGAGCGCCGUGGACGCCGUGGACGCAGCCUCGUGUGUGACGAGCUGCAGGUUCCACACGUCGGGGAAGCCCUUCGCCUUCUGUGGGGCCGUCAGGGAGGACUUCCUGGCCAUGGUGGGUCUCCUGCAGCAUCAGGCCUCCCUCAGAGGGGCACCGCCCCCCGGCAGCUUCCAGCGAGGGGCUGGGGAGGCCUGGCACCACGGGGGGAGCCAUUAUCCCGGCACUGACUACGGACAGCCACUCAGCCACGAGUACAAACCCCUUCAGCACCAGCAGCUUCCCGCUCAGAGUCACUAUGACUGUGAUGACGGCGAGAAGCCCUUUCAGCAAAGCCCCGCGGUCCCCGACGGCCAGGCCCCCGGCCCGGCAGCGAGGCCCUACGAGUGCAACGAGUGCGGGCGAUCCUUCAGCCAAAGCUACUACCUCAUCCAGCACCACAGGAUGCACACCGGGGCCCGGCCCUACAAGUGCAGCGAGUGCGGGAAGGCCUUCACCUACAAGCUCCGGCUGGUGCAGCACCUGCAGAUCCACAACCGGGUGAAGCCGUAUGAGUGCGGGGAGUGCAGGAAGGCCUUCAGCUACAGCUCCACGCUCAUCAAGCACCAGCGGGUGCACACGGGCGUCCGGCCCUACACGUGCGGCGAGUGCGGGAGCUCCUUCAGCCAGAGCUCCAACCUGGUCCAGCACCAGAAGAUCCACAACGGGGCGCGGCCCUACAAGUGCGGCGAGUGCGGGAAGGCCUUCAGCUACAAGUGCAAGCUCGUGCAGCACCUGCGGAUCCACACUGGGGAAAGGCCUUACGAGUGCGGGGAUUGUGGGCGAUCUUUCAGCCACAGCUCCACGCUCAACCAGCACCGGAGGAUUCACACCGGAGCCAGGCCUUACAAGUGUGACGAGUGUGAGAAAUCCUUCAGCCAAAAGUCCAACCUCAUCCAGCAUCAGAGAGUUCACACGGGAGAACGGCCUUACGAGUGCGGGGAGUGUGGGAAAUCCUUCAGCCAGAGCUCCCACAUCAUCCAGCACCGGAAACUUCAUGCCCGAUGACCUCAGGGAUGCGCAGUGACUUCGGGCGCCUUGUCAGCCACUGCUCUGUUGUCAGUUUAACGCGACAGCUUAACCCAGAGAUUCUUUCAAGAUAUUAACCUUGUUUGGCCCCAGAGUCCACACGGGAGAAGCCUGAGACCCGCCUCAGGGAACACGCCCCUUCCUGCCGGGAAGCGUCCGCUGAUGGUGAGCUUCGUGCUGCAGCGGCACAGCAGGGAGGUCCCCCCCAUGGAUUCUUCCGGAUGCACAGGAGACGUAUUUCUCCGCCGCCGCCUCCUUUGCCUGAAUUCGUGCCCCUGCCCCGGCCACCGCACACUCUGCCAACCUCCCCAGGUUCCUCGAUGCGUCUGAGGGGGAGGGAGGCUCUUCCCUCCUUUCUGACCAAGGCAUCAUCUGGACUCAGUUUCAUUGCUCAGGUUGGGCCGGGUGACGGUGUCUUGAGAAGAAGAAGGGUGGCCCCUCUGCCAGGCCUCCCGGGAGACGGACAGCACUCUGUGGUCCUCACGCCUGGGUGCCAGCCCCGAGGAGGAGGCCAGGCUGGGACAAGCUCCGCUGCUCCUGCCAGGGCAGGUCGGCUGCCUCCCGGGAGGCCACACCGAAGGCCGAGCCCCAUCGUGAGGAGGCUGCUUCCCGGAGGGAUCAUGUGCCUUCACGUCUCCAGUUGGGCGGCUGCUGCUUGUGGGACUGCAGGGGCUGGGCUGAGACCAUCAUUUGUUGCAAGACACGGUGAGCCAUGGGCCACGAGAGGGCGUGCCCUCCGUGCGUGUUCCAGCGGCUGAAGGCUGUGGGGACGAGUGGCCUGUAGGGAGGCUGUCGUCCGCACAUACAGGCUUGGUCACUGCCUGUUGCAGUUGCUGCGCUGUGGCCUGUGUCCCGCACGGUCAGAGUCACAACGACCAGUUGUUCUCACCUCGUGCCCUUUUUACUCUCCCUCUGCUCUCAGCUGGAGGGGCUGGUGUUAGUUUCUUUCACAGACUCUGUGUUUUAUAGAAUUUUAUAGGAUACGUGUCAUGAAUUGUCCUCAAAGGUUUUAAGUUUUGGUUUCCCUCAUGCUCAUGGUAUUACAUCAAUCACACUUACGUGAAGUCCUUCUUCCUUCUGUUCUUGAGAACCGUUCUGUCUAUGAAUGUUUAUGUUUAACGGAGGACAUUGGACUUGGUUCCAGCUUUCUGGCUCUUAGUGUAAAUGCAUGUCCUUCAAGAAAUCAGCUCUUCCAGCCACUCGCCCUGAGAAGGCACUGUCACUCCAGAACUCUAGCUCUUCUCCAAAACACCCUCCCAACUUCCUCCCGCCCCCAAUCACAAUUCUCUCUUCCUGAAUAAACACACUGCUGAGAAAAGGGACUUUAA